AUUUAUAGGUAAAAAGGUGGAGGGAACAGGUAACCGGACUAAUAGAAAUUGGUUAUGGCGUCUGAAUUGAGUGACGGAGCGACAGAAACUAACAUGUCUGAACUAACUGACGAAACUUUGGGUCGUGAUAAUCCGGCUUUUGCUGGAGCAACCCUCCAAAUUGAAGAUCCCGAAAAGACCAGUGAUGAUCCAGUCCCAGAUGUUGAAUUUAAAGGUACAAACUUUGAAAGAAAUAUACCAAGCCGAAUGAGCACCAUAUCAACAACGUCCAGUCGAUCUAGUCGAACAUCUAUGAAGAGUGUAAAAUAUCCUGAGCAUACAAAGAAAGAUUAUUUUUGCAAACGAGAUGGAACUUUCGAGAAGGCCCAAGAACAUUGUCUAACUGCCGUUGUCAACCCUCAAAUCGAUGGAAAGUUUAUAUCAAGUUGGUUGCUAACUGAAAUUGAUCACUGGGACAACGAAUCUGAACGAAUUGUACUCUUAUGCGAAGAGUCUAUUUUAAUCACCCGAUAUGAUUUUGUUAAAUUGGAAGCGUUAGACGCUAAACGUAUUAUGUUGGCUCAUAUCAAAAAAAUUCAAGUCGGUGACCUCACUUAUCCUCCAAGUAGUUGGAUGCCAGCAAGAAAUCAUGGUGGUGUACGAAUAAUCUGGAAUGAGAACGCGCAACCUUCAUUCGCCCAAAGAUGGAAUCCGUUUUGUAAAACUAUUCCCUACGUAACAUUAAUUCAUCAUCCACUAAUAUACCACGAUAAAGAAGAAGAGACUCUCUACUAUAAUGUUGAUGAAUUUUUUGAAAGUCUCAUAGACGCCGCUAAUAAAAGUUUCAAGGGACAAAAUAGCGGAUCGUUUGUUCAAGUUGAAGAAUCUCCAAUAAUGAUUGAAUGCUAUACUGGAUUAACAUCAGUAAUCUUUAAUCAAAGUCAUUUGGGAUUCUCAAGAGAGCGUGGAGGAGUAAGCUUCUAA